AAGCUCGUGAAUUAUGUCUGUAUUCGGGUUGGCUUCUCCAGGUUCUCUGGUUCUAUCCCUCGGUUCUCCGGGACCAGUUUACUCCGCACCUUCCUCAGGAACGGAGCACAACCUCGCAAUAUCAUUUCAAGUAAAACCCAAACUAAUAGUUGAAAUGUCAAGUGAUUUGUCGUGUAAAGUUGUGAAAAAGUGAAAAAUUCAAAAAUCUAACACUUGCCCUCCAUUAUCAGACCAUAGUGUUAACCUAGAAAAAUAUUAAUUUGUCCAUGAAAUAUUAUUUUGUCCAUGAAAUAUUUAGGGUUACUGUUGUUCCAACACUGUUUCACGAUUCUACAGGUGUGUUCUUCAAGAUCUUGUGUAUAAUUGAUGAUGAGGAUGAUAGAAGUACUUCCAGAACAAGAUUUCUAAAUGAGACAAAUUAAUAAAUGAAUAAAUGAUAAGGAGUGUCCACUGGGGUUUAGGAAUACAUAAGAUGAAUUAAGGAGAAAUAUAGAAUUGAUGGAUCAUCAAACUUUACUAGUUUCUCAAGGAUAAUAUGUCAGGAGACAGGAUGAAAAUAUCCAAGACGGGGUUGAUUGAUAUUCUCCUGGUACUGAUCCUGGCUGGAGGGACGAAUGAGUUCUCUCUGCCUGGAUCCGGGUCUCCCAAUGAGACUGCCUGGGCUGUACCUGGAAAUACAGCUAGACUGUUUUGUCAAAUACAGGGAGCUGAUUUUAUAACUGACACUGAGCCUGCGUAUCUUCAUGUGUCUGGAGUACAGAUUCAGGAUACAGGGAUAUACAGGUGUCGGGUUGACUUUAAGCAUGCUCAGACUAGGAACCGUAUCCUACAGCUUAGUUUAGUAGAAGAUCCAUCCAGUCUUACCAUAUACCAUGAUUCUCAGGAGGUCGGUCACAGCGCUGGUCCAGUUAACUCCGGGUCCUCAGUUCAUCUGAUCUGUAUUGCUGAAGGAGGGAAACCUUCUCCAACCUUGCUGUGGCACAGGAACAAUCUCCUAAUAGAUUCAAGCAUGGAGGAGAAGGGAGGACAGGUUCGGAAUGAGCUGAUUAUCCCUCAGGUUGGAGAGAAGGAAGCAAAGGAUAGUUUCUCCUGUUCUGCUAGCAAUAAUAAUAUAACCCAACCUCUAGUUCGAAGUUUAAGAAUAGAAAUCAACUUUCCUCCGAGUAAGGUUGAAAUCUCCCAACUACCCAAGGAUAUAUAUGCUGGUAAAACACAAUAUAUUAAAUGCUCCGCCGUGGGUUCCUAUCCCUCCGCCGCUAUAUCAUGGUGGAAGGACGGCCAGUAUUUACAAAGACCGGCGGAGACAAAUGAAAGAAACGGAACUGUAUCAUAUCUUUUUAUAAAGUUUACUAGAGAAGACAACGGACGUAUAUUAACUUGUAGAGCUCAGAAUCCUCUCAUUGAAAACUCAGUGGUGGAGCAGAAAAUCCGACUCAACAUUCAAUAUUCUCCACAGACAGAUUUACAGUUCGGAGCAAAUAUAAACCCGGAGAAUAUUAGAGAGGAUCAAGAUGUCUACCUGGAGUGUAGAGUAGACUCCAACCCUAAACUGAACAAGAUACUCUGGAGUUUCAACGGGUUCCCCGUUCUAUCCCGUAAGAACGUGAUCAUGUCCGGGAUGAAUCUAGUUCUCCAGGGUGUAAGACGGGAUCAGGGUGGGAACUAUACCUGUACUGUAUCCAACCAUGUCGGAGAUGCUGUGAGUAAACCUGUAUCUCUUGUAGUAAAACAUAAACCUGUGUGUGCCAGGAAUGGUAGUCUGGAUCUCCAGGCUAGGUUCAAGGAUGUGCUCAAGGUCCUCUGUCAAGUAGAUGCUCAUCCUUCUCCAACAAACUUCUGGUGGACGUUUAAUAAUAGUUUUCAGUUGGGGAAACUUCCUCAAGAUCAAUAUGAGUUCAAGGGAGAGCAGAGUACUCUUAUAUACAAACCCAUCCUACCCUCAGACUACGGAGUACUGAGUUGUUGGUCCUCGAAUCCCCUGGGAACAAUGGAGCAGCCAUGCAUUUACAAUAUCAAAAACAUGGGAACAGAGCAGCGGACAUUAGAGUGUAAUUUGCAUAAUCAGACCCUUACAUCUCUUAUAGUUUCAUGUACAGGGGAGGGGCAAGUACAAGAGAAUAGUGUGUACCACCUAGAGGUGAGGGAGAGAGAGGGAGGAGAACUGGUUCAAAAUCUAACCUCAGACUCUCCUUGGUUCUUUAUACAGGAUUUGCCACCAGAGGUUUCAACAUCCGGUCUCAACUUGACAGUGUACACUUCAGAUCUUUCAGGACGGAGUGGAAGCAGGCAGACUCUUGGAGUUUUAUCCUCAAAGGUAAAUUAA